AUGACUCGCGCUGGCGUUCUCACAGAUGCUACAAACGUUGUGAUUACUAGGCUCGAAGCAGAGCGUGACCUUCUAAGCGACAAUGAAGCGAGGCUGCAAGCCGUCAUCAAUAACCUCAAAGAUCAAGUGAACACUUGGGAGGAGAAUCACAUUGAUUGCCAAGAACAAGCAGACCGAAUUACGCAUCUCGAAGAAGAGCUAGGUCAAUGGAAAUGCCGAUGGGAAGGUCACCAAGACUGCGACAACAUUAUUGCCUGUUUAAGGCGUCAGUUAGAUGAGCAUAAGAAAUGCUCGGGAACACUUGAAAGUGCCCAAAAACAGCUUGAAGACCAUCGAAACUGUGGACAAACAAUCGAACAGCUCCAGCAAGAGUCGGCGAGAUUAGAGACGGAAUGUUGUAAAAGUGCUGCGACGAUCAAAGGGCUUGGAAAAAAGCGUGACAGAGGCAACGAAUUCGAAGCAACGGCCAAAACAUUGCAGGAGAAGUGUGAGGCUCAACAAGCGGUAAUAACUACACUGCGGAAGCAGGCUGAAGUCUUCAAGACAACUAUCGAAACAUUGAAGAAGGACUACAAAGUACGCAAAGCAGAAAACAAUGUGCUGCAAAAACAGCGUACGGCUCAUGAGACGACCGUUGAGACGCUGCAGCAAGAACGUCAGGGACACGUAGGUAAGAUGAAUGAUCUCAGGGCUCAACUUGCGGGACCGAAUCUAUAUCGUAGAUGUGAAGAAAACAUCACUUUUCUGGAAAAACAACUCGAGCUUCAACAAAGUGCUAUGGGGCAAGAAGCGCCACCGGAACCUGUCAUGGCUAAGAACAUGGCGCUGAAGAACGCUAUCAAGCAGGUCGACAAAGACGUAGUGUCCCUGUGCAAUAACUUGCGUAAUCUCAUGGCCUCUUUCAAAAGGCCUGAAGAAAUCAAGGAGAAGUACCUCCAGUUGGGACGCGUCAUAUCUAAUUGGCGACAAGGCAACAUCAUGAGGCAGACCGAAACCAACAAUUUGCCGGUGUCACUUGAAAAUUUGAUUAAGGAAGCUCUGAUUAGCUACGACAUUAUUUCCACAUAUCAUAUGCGAAUGACCGACAUACUUAGAACAGAGAUGGAGAAGAUAAAGAUGUAUGAGCAGAUCAUGCAAAGUCUACAAAAAAGGCAUGACAUGCUUAGGCAGGACUUCUCGACGCUGCUUGGAAAGGCCGAGGAGGAGAAAGACUGUGCAAGAACACGAGAGUCUAAACUCUGGGAGAUGAUUGAGCUGAGGAAUGAUAUGAUUCAGCUGAGAGAAGAGAUUAUUAUUCGCCUGCUCGAAUCCCUGAACUCUGAAAUGAUUCCAAACAAUUGCAGUAAGAACGUGAUGCGUGACUUCCUGUUUAACCCCAUGGGUGGGCUAGCGCCAAAAAGGGGGGCUAGUUACGUCUCCACGUUUGUACACAGUUCAGUACACUUAACCCACUUUACCUCCAUACUCCAAAAUCAAUCCCAUCGUUACGAAGAGAUAUCUGCAGACGUGCAAUUGCUCAAGGCCAAAGUAUUAAAUGGCCUUAGAUUUCCAAUAGGGAAACCAUCUCCCAUGACCCCAAAACAACUCUUCAUUUGUUUCUCUCUCUCUCAGCUCUCAGAUCACAAAAAAUCUCUAGUCGCCUGA